AUGCAUGAUGACGACUUUCAAGUGGAGGAUGAAGAUCUUCCACCCGAGUUGGGACAUCCCGAGGAGGUGGGAGCGAAACUCGAGCAGCACGAACUCCACCGUGGUGCAUGUGAAAGUGUUGUCUGCCUGCAUAUGAACUCACUGGAGAUGAAGCCGAUGGCGUGCGUGCUCCUGACUUGCGCGUGUUUGUGCACGCUGGCCCCGACGUGCGCGUGCGAAAUGUUCACAUCGCUGAUGGAUGUCCAGCAGGCCAUCACCGUGGAGAAGAAGCUCAUGGGACACUUGAGGACGUACAUCCACAAAGAGUGGAAGAGGCUGCAGGACGUCAGGCGGUUUUACAGCAAAGUUUGGCGCCUCCACAGUGAGCUGUACAGAGGGCCGUCCAAUGGCAUGGCUAACCCGCUGCUGGCAUUCACGCUCAUCAAGCGCCUACAUGCAGACUGGUUCAACGUCGUAGAUAGCCAACAGGCAGCGGACAACACUCAAGCCCUCAGGUGGAGUUACGAGCAAGAACAAAACGACUUGCCCAAAUCGGAGGAUGUGCGCGGGGCGGCCCGAGGCCUGUUGAGGCUGCAGGACGUCUACGCGCUCAACGUGGCCAGCCUGGCUGCUGGUCGCUUCCAGAGAGCCACCGGCGACAACCAGCUAAUGGACGUCUACACACCUGCCGUGGCUACGCCUCUCUCUGGAGAUGAUUGCUUUUCAGUAGGGAAGGUGGCCUACGAUCAGGAGGACUAUUACCACUCAGUCCCGUGGCUGCAGGAGUCCGUGAAGCUUUUUCGGGCUGCCAGUGUCCGAUGCAACCCUGAGGAUGAAGCCACACUAGCGGAUGCGUUGGACCACCUGGCCUUUUCUCACUUUAAGACUGGUAACAUCUCUCAUGCUCUCAGUGUGUCACAGGAACUGCUGCAUUACGACCCAAUGAAUGGAAGAGUGUUGCAGAACGUGGAGAAAUAUGAGAAGCUGCUGGUGGCAUCGGUGCCAGUAACGCUGGGCAGACCUGCUAGCAAACAUUUGAAGACCAGGGAAGCUUAUGAGCAAUUGUGCCAAAUGGCAGCAUCUCAGAGCCUCCUGUUCUCCAGGAUAAAAAGUACCCAACUGUCAUGCGACUACUUCACCAACGGGAAUCCCUCGCUGACGCUGCUACCCGCCAGACGUGAAGUGCUGAGUCUGCAUCCUUACGUGGUUCUCUACCACGACUUUGUCACCGACCGUGAAUCCGAACACAUCAAGGACCUGGCGCGCACUGGAUUGAGAAGAUCGGUGGUGGCAACAGGAGAGAAACAAGCCACGGCAGAUUAUCGCAUCAGCAAGAGUGCGUGGCUGAAGGACUCGGCGCACGCUGUGGUCGGCACGCUGGACCGGAGGAUUUCCAUGGUUACGGGUCUCAACGUGACACACCCGUUUGGCGAGUACCUUCAAGUAGUCAAUUACGGCAUCGGGGGUCAUUACGAACCUCACUUUGAUCAUGCCACAUCACCGUCCAGUCCUGUAUUUAGACUGAAGACUGGGAAUCGGAUGGCCACCUUCAUGGUUUAUCUCAGCUCUGUGGAGGCAGGCGGCUCCACAGCGUUCAUUUAUGCCAACUUUAGCGUUCCCGUUGUAAAGAACUCUGCCAUUUUCUGGUGGAAUUUACAUAGAAAUGGCAAAGGUGACGGUGACACCCUGCAUGCUGGCUGUCCUGUGCUUAUUGGAGACAAAUGGGUGGCCAACAAGUGGAUCCACGAGUACGGCCAAGAGUUCCGACAUGGCUGCAGUCAGAAUCAUGAGGAGUGA